GCUCUCCGUGAGCAGCUCCUCCUCCUCCUCUCUGGGGGUGAACAGUAAUGGAUCUGAUACCUGUUUCCAUUCCGCAAACCACGCCGAGGAAACCUUCCGCAAGAUGGAGAACUACCUGCAGCAGAAGCAGCUCUGCGAUGUCCUCCUCCUGGCUGGAGACCACAAGAUCCCUGCUCACAGGCUGGUUCUGAGUGCCGUGUCUGAUUAUUUUGCGGCGAUGUUCACCAACGACGUCCGCGAAGCAAAACAAGAGGAAGUCAAAAUGGAAGGUGUCGAUCCGGAUGCCCUGAAGGACCUUGUGCUCUAUGCCUACACAGGCAUGCUGGAGCUCAAAGAAGACACCAUUGAGAGCUUGUUGGCUGCAGCUUGUCUUCUCCAACUUUCACCAGUCAUUGAGGUCUGCUGCAAUUUUCUCAUGAAGCAACUUCACCCUUCAAACUGCUUGGGAAUCCGUUCCUUUGGAGAUGCUCAAGGAUGCACAAAACUCUUACAAGUGGCCCAUGUCUACACUAUGGAACAUUUCACCGAAGUCAUAAAAAACCAAGAAUUUGUGUUACUUCCCGCUGGCGAAAUUGCUAAGCUGCUUUCCAAUGACGAUAUUAAUGUCCCAGAUGAAGAAUCCAUCUUCAAGGCAUUAAUGACAUGGGUUCAGCAUGAUUUGGACAAUCGGCAACAGGAUCUCGGGAUGCUUCUGUCUUAUAUAAGGUUGCCCCUUCUUUCUCCGGAGCUUUUAGCUGAUCUGGAAAACAGCCUCACGUUCACAACUGAUCUUCAGUGCCAGAAGCUCUUAAUGGAAGCCAUGAAGUACCACCUUUUACCGGAAAGGAGAUCCAUGAUGCAGAGUCCUCGGACAAAGCCCAGGAAGUCCACCGUUGGUUCCCUUUAUGCUGUGGGAGGCAUGGAUGCCACGAAAGGCACCACCACCAUUGAGAAAUAUGACUUGAGAACCAACAGCUGGAUACAAAUUGGGACGAUGAGUGGAAGGCGGCUGCAGUUUGGAGUUGCGGUGAUCGACAACAAGCUCUACGUGGUGGGAGGAAGAGACGGCUUGAGGACAUCCAAUACAGUUGAAUGUUUCAACCCGAUAACGAAAGUCUGGACUGUGAUGCCGCCAAUGUCAACCCAUAGGCACGGCUUAG